AUGCCGAAGGGGGCGGGGAAGAGCCGCCCGGCUCACCCUUUACUUCUCCGGCGGCACCGAGCCUGCACAACACACGCACCCCCCACACACACACUGCUGCCCAGAGGAACCGGGGACCUUCCACACCCCCUCCCGGCCCCACGCAGCCGCUCCUGCCCCCAAGGAACCGGCGAGCAGAAGGCGCUAACGGGACGGGGCAUUCCACCCUCCUUCCAACCCCGAACACCUCAGUGGCCCCGGGCAGCGCCCAGGACCGUCCCGGAGCGGCCCCGCGCCUCCCGCUUUCCGCCUCCCACCCCGUUAUUUACCAUCCCCGCCGCUCCCAUGCUUCUCCUCGCCUUAGAGGCGGGCGGCACGGCGGAGCGACCGCAGCCGGCGCCCCCCGGUGGACUGGCGUUCCGCACUCUGCCCGCCGGCUCCGCCAACGGCGGCAGAAGCGGACGCGGCGGCUCCGUCCCCGGCGAGAGUCAACCGCACGGCAGCAGCGCCGCCAUCACAGCAGAAGCCGCCACCGCAGCCGCGCAGAGCCCCAGUGCCCGCGCUUGUACCGGCAUCCGCAGCCCCGCGCUCUGCACCCGGGAACGGCCGCGAUUAAAAAAAAGAGCUCGGCUCCAAUGUGUGUGUGAAUGCACACACGAGGAAAGGGACCGGUGCGGUUCCCAGCUGUGUCCGCAGCGCAGGGCACACGCGCUGUCUCGGUGCAUACCCCCGUUCACCUUUGCGGUGUCAGCGACCGCCUGGUCCCGCAGCCCCGCGCUUACCCGCAGCACGGGAAGUGCCGGUGGAGGGGGGUUGGGCGCGGAAUUGCACACGGAGCUGGGUCAGGAGGUUCGACCCUGUGAGCCAGGGCCCCACAGAAGCCCCGCCAGAUUCCACUUUCUGAAGUACAGCAACAUGACUGCAAUACAUAAGAAGAGCAUGAGCCAGAACAGCAGUUCCCAUAGGGAAGAUGAUGCUGGCAGAGAAGCCCGACAGUGCCAGGAUGGCCCCAAGAGAAAGGCAACUGCUGACGCCCACGAGAGAAAACUUCUGAACAAACCAGAGCAAGGGAUGCACGAGAAGCUGAGCUUUAAGACCUAUGACCAGUAAGAACAUGGGUAUAAAACUCCAGAAGAUGACUGUGUGGAAACAGAAGUCUCAAGAGUGGAGAUGUGGGCAGCACCUGGCUCAGUGCUGCAAGAGAUGACUGCUCAGAAACAUGCACAGCACAAGGUGUGCCAGACAGAUCCACACUUUAAGGUGUAAUAGCACAAGAAGAAGCACUCAGCAGGAGCCAUUGAGAUGAGGAGAUGCCUUCUGGACUCUCAUGAGGGCUUCUGAGGUGCCUGCAGAUCACAAAGAGCUAUGGAGACAUCAAGACCUGAGGAAGGAACAGUCUAAGACACGGGAGACACACAACACCAAGAGCACACCACAGACACAGGCUGGAGCUGCC